UUCUCUCCGUUAUGCGUGGAUUUAUGGCUUUGCUGAUGGGAACUGAUGGGAAAUUCCAAUUACCUAGUCCAAAUUUGGCACGAAACUUAAUGGUUUUUUUCACUAAGGCGAAUUGGGCGCAGCCAAAUCAUAAAUGUAUUUUUAAUAUCACAUUCAAUAUUUUUUAGUAGGUGACAAUUUAGUUUAUUCUCGAUUAACUCUAAAAUAUUUUUAUUUUUUCAUAUAAUCCAUCCAAAUGUCGUUCAAAGGGAUUACCGGUGGUACUUUUAAACUUUUGGAUAAUUAUGAGAUUCCGCUUAUUGGGCUCGGAACUUAUGCAUUAUGGAAUCAAGAAGAGGUAGAUCGAGCUGUUGAUGCAGCUCUAGCAACUGGUUAUCGUUUAUUUGAUACUGCCAAUUUUUACAAUAAUGAAAAAGAAUUGGGAAUUGCUUUUAAGAAAUUUCUUCCCAAAUAUAAUCUCAAACGUGAAAAUAUUUUUAUCACCACAAAAGCAAAUAUCCGGUCUCCAAAUGUUGAGGAAAAUGCUCGAAAAAUGGUCCAAAAUUCUUUGGAUUGUUUAAAAUGUGGUUACAUUGAUCUUCAAUUAGUUCAUUAUCCGAAGGAUUGGGGAACUUCUGACAAAAAUCCAGAAAAUUCGGAUCAUCGAAUGAGAAUUUAUCGAGUUUUUGAAGAAUAUAAGGAUUCUGGUUAUAUCCGCUCUAUUGGUGUUUCAAACUUUGAAGGCCGUCAUAUCGAUGAACUUUGGGAUAAUGUUAAAUACCGACCUGUCCUAAAUCAAUGUGAAUUCCAUCCACAUUUAACUAGACCUGAACUUGUUGAAUAUUGCCAUAAUAAAGGAAUUUUCUUUCAAGUUUUGAAAUUUUGUUUAUUAAUUUUAAAAUCUAUUAAGGCGCACACUCCACUUGCUUCUCGAUCAAAAUCACUCUUUACAGAUCCUGUUAUUGUUUCUAUUGCAAAAAGACUUGACGCAGAUAUUUCGCACAUUAUCCUCUCUUUUGCUUAUCAACAAAAAAUUGGAAUUAUUCCAAAGUCUGGGAAUGUUUCAAGAAUUAAAUUAAAUAUUUCAUUUUUGGAUAUUGCUUCAAAAUUAACUGAAGAAGAUAUUAUUUUGUUAAAAAAAUUAAAUAAAAAUCAUCGUUAUUCUGAUUGUGAUGGAUGGAAUGUUAGAUGA